AUGAGUUGGAGUUUCCUCACACGUCUCUUGGACGAGAUCUCCAAUCACUCUACGUUUGUGGGCAAGAUCUGGCUGACACUGCUAAUUGUGUUCCGUAUCGUGUUGACUGCGGUGGGCGGCGAGUCCAUCUACUAUGAUGAGCAGAGCAAAUUCGUGUGCAACACGCAGCAGCCCGGUUGCGAGAAUGUGUGCUACGACGCCUUUGCGCCGCUGUCGCACAUCCGCUUCUGGGUCUUCCAGGUGAUCAUGAUCACCACGCCCACAAUUAUGUACCUGGGUUUCGCCAUGCACAAGAUCGCUCGCAUGGAGGACGUGGACUACCGGCCACGGGCCCGCAAGCGCAUGCCAAUCGUGAGCCGCGGCGCCAACCGCGACUAUGAAGAGGCCGAGGAUAACGGCGAGGAGGACCCAAUGAUUCUGGAAGAGAUUGAGCCUGAAAAGGACAAGGAGGCGGAGGAGAAGCCGAGUAAAAAACACGACGGGCGGCGCCGAAUCAAGCGGGACGGCCUCAUGAAGGUGUACGUCUUCCAGCUGCUAUCACGCGCCAUCUUUGAAGUGUCCUUUCUGUUCGGGCAGUACGUGCUGUAUGGCUUGGAAGUGUCACGGUCCUACGUUUGCACCCGGUCCCCCUGUCCGCACACGGUGGACUGUUUCGUCUCGCGUCCCACCGAGAAAACCAUCUUCCUGCUCAUAAUGUACGCGGUCAGCGCCUUGUGCCUGCUUUUCACUGUCCUGGAAAUCCUACAUCUUGGUAUCAGCGGCAUCCGCGAUUGCUUCUGCACACCCCGGGCGCGUCCCCCCACCCCUCGACACUCUGCGCUGGCCAGUCAGAGAUCCUCCAUCUCCAGACAGCCUUCAGCACCUCCGGGCUACCACACGGCGCUCAAGAAGGACCCCUCGGGGAAACUGGCUUUUCGGGAUAACCUGGCCGACUCGGGCCGAGAGUCGUUUGGCGAUGAGUCUUCCUCGCGGGAGCUGGAGAGGCUGCGCAGGCACCUGAAGCUGGCCCAGCAGCAUCUGGACAUGGCCUACCAGAAUGAAGAGCUCAGCCCUUCACGCAGCAGCAGCCCAGAGUCCAACGGAACAGCGGUCGAGCAGAAUAGACUCAACUUUGCCCAGGAGAAGCAGACCGGCGCGUCCGACAAAGGUAUGCGAGCUUAA